AGUCUGUUGUCUGCUUCCUUCCUCAGGCUUCUCUUGCACUGGUUUUAGCCCUUUUAUCAGGGGGUAGAUGGAGACUCCUGUCGAAGAUGAGCUCCAUGCAGAGUGACGGGAACUAUUUAGCCAGUUCUUGUCACAUGAAUAUCAGCAGUGGCAGAACUGCCAGGUACCAGCUGACAUUCUCCAGGUGCCAAGUACGGAUCUCUUUUGCCACCAGCCAUCCUACGGAAUGUAGAGUUAACGGAGGGCUUCUGGUGUGGAAUCCAGCUGGAGAAGGGGGGAUGGGCACAACCGUCACUUUUCAUUUGUUUACCCAGCAGGAGAAUGGGUCUCCUCGGUUCUUGGGCAGAAGACAGAGCUUAAUAGAUGAUGCCCGGAAGGAACGGGAGGCAGCGGCGGCAGCUGCAGAGGCUGGAGAAUGCACUGACCCCCUGGUAUUUGAGGAGAAGGAUGGAAAAGCCAUUGUUAACCUGCUCUUCUCCCUUAAAGGAAAUAAGCCAUCUUCCUUGUCCCGCACUCUGAAAGUGUUUGAGACAUUUGAAGCCAAAAUCCAGCAUCUGGAGACACGACCUGGAAAGAAAGAAACAGGAGAAAGCUCAGAUUUGGAGUAUUUCAUACGCUGUGAAGUUCAUCGUUCAGACCUUAGCACACUUAUGAGCUCCAUUAGAAGAGUAUCAGAAGAUGUAAGAACCACAAAAGAAGUCAAAGUUCACUGGUUUCCCACAAAAAUUUCCGACCUGGACAAGUGUCACCACUUGGUUACCAAGUUCGAUCCAGAUCUAGACUUGGAUCAUCCGGGAUUCUCUGACCAGGAGUAUCGCAAAAGGCGGAAAAUAAUUGCUGACAUAGCCUUCUCAUACAGACAUGGUGAUCCAAUACCUCGGGUGGCGUACCUGCCGGAGGAGAUUGCAACCUGGAAGGAGGUCUACUCUACCCUGAAGAGUCUGUACCCAAGUCAUGCGUGUAAGGAGUACCUAGAAGCUUUUCAUCUGCUGGAGACCCAUUGUGGAUACAGUGAGGACAACAUCCCGCAGCUACAGGACGUUUCCUGUUUUCUAAAAGAAAGGACUGGGUUCCAGUUACGCCCUGUGGCCGGCCUUUUAUCUGCUCGUGACUUCCUCUCUAGCUUGGCUUUUCGCGUUUUCCAGUGCACCCAGUAUAUUCGACAUGCAUCAUCACCCAUGCACUCUCCAGAACCUGACUGCUGCCAUGAGCUGCUCGGACAUGUUCCUAUGUUGGCGGAUAGAAUAUUUGCUCAAUUUUCACAGGACAUUGGCUUGGCAUCACUAGGAGUGACAGAUAAAGAAAUAGAGAAACUGGCAACGCUCUAUUGGUUUACUGUUGAAUUUGGUCUGUGCAAGCAGGAUGGAGAAGUGAAAGCCUAUGGUGCUGGCUUACUAUCAUCAUACGGUGAACUUCUGCAUUCUUUGUCUGAUGAACCAGAGGUUCGACUCUUUGACCCAAAUGAAGCUGCCAUUCAGCCGUAUCAGGACCAGAAUUACCAAUCCGUCUAUUUUGUAUCAGAAAGUUUCACAGAUGCUAAGGAAAAACUAAGGAAUUAUGCAUCUCAUAUAAAGAGGCCAUUUGCUGUUCGAUAUGACCCCUACACGAUGAGCAUCGAGGUUCUGGACUCACCUGGCCAGAUUCAAAGCUCACUGGAAGAGCUCAAAGAUGAACUACAGACCUUGACUACUGCACUCAACAUCCUCUCCUAAAGCAGAACCACCCAAAACUCUUACCCAACACUGCACUGGGUGCACUGUAGGUUCUCUGGUCUCCACCAUGUCAAUAUCAUUGAGCUCAUCUUUCAUACUGAAUCAUCCUGUCCACCAUUAUGUACAAACCAGAAUCAAUCUGCAUUUUUAAUACAUUGAUACAUAAUAUAAAUGUUAUUACUGGAUAUGUGACGGCUUAUACCUGUGCUUCAUGCUCUUGCUUUAAGAUGGUUUGGAAAUGCUCUCGUGCAUGACGUCCUACUCACGCUGGCGCCUCAGUUUCAGCUAUUAUAUAUCUAUGGUGUUUCUCAACUGUUUUGAAAAAAUACAAUAAAGAGAAAUAUACAACUAA